AUGGGGAGAAAGGCGUUCGCUACCAAGAUAAAACCACCUUCGACUCGCCGUGAAGAAAGCCCUGAAGCACACCCACCGCCAAAUCCACAACCUCCGGCGCCAACCCAGCAAGCCGCAAUUGCAGAAACGGAGGAACUUUCUCCGGUAGACCAAGAAACUGAACCCUUGGAUGAUGAAGCUAUUUCGGCUCACUACGAUUCUAAUCCGGAGGAUAGGGCAGAACGGCUUAGGAAGAAGAACCAAGACCGUGAGGGGGGAAGUAUAGCGGAGGAAAUGCUAACUGUGGAGACCGUCCGUCAAGAGAGGGUGAGGGAAGAAAUAGAUCUAAACGCAUCGGCACAGAAGCGCGACCUCAUGACCGAUACGGAGUUUGUGUCAAUCGUGGAAGAAGUAAACCGCAGAGAGGAUACUGCUUUGAUGGCUGAGGGUCUAGACCUCGCAUCAAGGUCAGUAGGAGGAGUAGAGAAAGCCGUUAAAGGAACCAUACCGGAAGUCCAAACUUCCCAGUCAGUAGUAGAGGCAGGGGAAGAACAGAGUGAAGAGAAAGAGCUAGAGCCAGUAGAUCCCCAAGUGGAAGCAGGUGAUGAUAGAAUACAAGAAGAAGAAGAAGGACCAACCGUGGAAAUCCAAGUGCCGGAAGCGGUGGCGUCUCCAAUCUUAAAACCGCAACUAGUAAAACGGCGAUUGAUUCUGAAGAAGGGGCCGAUGACAGAGAGGCCGAAAUCCACACGGGUAUCUCAGCGAUGCCUGGGCAAAUGGGCAGCAAGCAAGGCCCCGACGAACACAGCCGAGAACCCAGUAGAGAUCGCGAGCGAGGAAGAACAGGGCACUCCCAAGAAGGCAGAGGGUAAGCCUACACAGGCUACUGAUCAAGAGGAUACUGGGGGAUCUCCUAUACAGGGCGAACAAGGCACGAAAAUAAAAGGGGUGGCUGAGGGUCCGGACCUCGCACCCGGAUCAGUGAGACCAGAGGAAGCUGAUGAUGUUGAUGAUCAAGCCCCAGGAGAAACCAUCCUUACUGCCCAAGAAGAGGAAGCCCAAUACCAGCAAGCUAGGAAGAGAAAAGAGAAGGCUCCAAUCCGAAAGAAGUCGGUCACCAAAAAGUCCAGAGUAGCAAACACAGGAAUCGUCAUCACCGAAGCAUCUCAACGAACUCCACCUAGCCAAGGGGAGUUAAGUGAUAGUGAGUACACUGCCAGUGAAGAGUCAGAUUCAGAUAGCGACAUCUCCUUGGAGGCUGAGGAGUAUGGGGAACAGUCACUCCCGGAUGACCACCGAGAGCUUGUGCAUCCACCAGUUGAGAGGCUCCGAUACAAGUGA